AGAGAGGGAGGGAGGGAGGCAGGGAAGCAGUGAGCAAGUGAGGGGAUCAGUAGCAGAGAAGCAGAAGGGUGAGACAGGAAGACAGACAUAGCCUUACCUUCCUCACCGGAGCAAAGGAAAGAUUGGCUUUCAUUGUUGGGAGAGCUCCAAUGCCUGGUCCUACCCAAACCUUGUCCCCAAAUGGAGAGAACAACAACGACAUCAUCCAAGAUAACGGGACGAUCAUUCCUUUCAGGAAGCACACAGUACGCGGGGAGCGUUCUUACAGUUGGGGAAUGGCGGUCAAUGUGUAUUCUACCUCGAUAACCCAAGAGACUAUGAGCAGACAUGACAUCAUUGCAUGGGUGAAUGACAUAGUAUCUUUAAACUACACAAAAGUGGAACAGCUUUGUUCAGGAGCAGCCUAUUGCCAGUUCAUGGACAUGCUAUUCCCAGGCUGCAUUAGUUUGAAGAAAGUAAAAUUUCAAGCAAAGUUGGAGCAUGAAUAUAUUCACAACUUUAAACUUCUGCAAGCAUCAUUUAAAAGAAUGAAUGUUGAUAAGGUCAUUCCGGUGGAAAAGUUAGUGAAAGGACGUUUUCAGGACAACUUGGAUUUCAUCCAAUGGUUUAAGAAGUUCUAUGAUGCAAACUAUGAUGGGAAGGAAUAUGACCCUGUGGAAGCUCGACAAGGCCAGGAUGCGAUUCCGCCACCCGAUCCUGGUGAACAGAUCUUCAACUUGCCCAAGAAAUCUCACCAUGCAAACUCACCUACGGCAGGUGCUGCUAAAUCAAGUCCGGCUUCUAAACCAGGAUCCACCCCUUCUCGUCCCUCAUCAGCAAAAAGGACUCCUUCUAGCAGCGGCUCAGCAUCCAAGUCUGAGAAAGACUUAGAAACCCAGGUCAUACAGCUCAAUGAACAGGUACAUUCGUUAAAACUUGCACUUGAAGGUGUGGAGAAGGAAAGAGAUUUCUACUUUGGAAAGUUAAGAGAGAUUGAGCUUCUCUGCCAAGAACAUGGGCAAGAAAAUGAUGAUCUCGUGCAGAGACUAAUGGAAGUCCUAUAUGCUUCAGAAGAACAUGAGAGCCACACGGAGGAGCAGGAAGCAGAAGAGCAAGUUCACGAGCAGCCUCAGCAGCAGGAAGAAUACUGACCCGUCUUCACAUCUCUUGACACUUUUCAUUUUGUUGUGGGAACUUUUCUUCUGGAGAAUUGGAACAUGUGUGGCCUCCAACACGAAAGAAACCCAUUGCUCUCCAUCUGCCAUUACCACGGACAUACUGCAGUGAGUGCCAGCCAAACCACUGCGAUCUCUGCUCGUUACUUUGCCAAGUUGCAUUAGCAAAAGUCUACUCUCUGGCCGUCCACCUGAGAGAUUAUAGGGUCACAUUCUUUCAACUUCACCACUUGGCUGCUUGAGAUGGGUUCUGUCCUUUUCUUUCAAAAAGAAUCUCCCCUUCUCCCAACUUUUGUCUUAGUAUGAUACCGUUGUAAUUUGAUAUAUGGUAUUUAUAUUGGCAUCUUAUGGCAAAAUGUUACUAGAUGUCACACACGUUUGUGGUGCUUUGAUGUUUGCAAGUCUGUCUGCUUUUAAGCAUAAAUUUGGUCAAAUGAUGAAUUGGAACAAAGGGAAAAGAAAUCAUUGAGAGCGAAGCCAUAAUGAUAACGGCAUAUUUUCCUGGGUGAGGGACGGGAAGGCUCGUGCCACUACAAAUUACUUUAUCUCUCUCUUCACAAAACUAAAGACAAAACAAUGGUUUCAAAGGACUGAAAGUCCUUUCAGUAUUUUUACACAUCAGCAUGUUAGACAACCACACAGUAUGUUAUUAUUUUUGGAAGAUCUGAAUCCACUUAAGCGAGAAAAAAAAAAAAGAGAAACAUCUCAGUUUUCCUUAUUUUGCUCCCUUCUGCCCCUCCCUUCCUCCUUCCCCUGCCACCAGAGGUUUUCAUGGUCUUUUCUUUCUCAGGGUCCUAUUUGGUGGAUAAAUAGAUAGGUAGGUAGAUAGAUAGAGUUACAUACAUGCAUAUUCCCCAAGAUGCUGCUGCUCAGUAUCUUCAGACCAAAAGGGUUUUGGGUAUGUAGGUUAGUCAGAGUGACCCUACUGCCUUCUGUCCCCUCCAUCCCUGUCCUUAAGGUAGUUAGUGUGGAUUUCAGUGCCUCUCUUCCGUCAUUCAACCUAGAGGAAGAGAGAAGCCUGCCUAAGGUUGAUUGGCUGCCAGCUGGCUCCAGAACUAAUGGCAAUUCUUAACGAAGAAUAAGUUCUUCUAAAGGAAUUCCAAUAAGGAAGGGGUUGCAGCUAGCUGUGUUUUACAAAUGCUGUGCACCCCGUGACAGGAAAUUUUACCUGAAAUUGAAGUGAUGCUCUGAUUAGUGGAAGCACAACCUCUAAAGCCCCUUCCAGCUCUAAAUCUAUGAUCCUCUGACCUCCGAGAGAGACAUUUCUGCAGUCUGCUGUAGGAUCUGUUGCCAAGUCAUAUGGCAGAAAGAUCCAUGACUCCCAAUAGCAUUUGGAAUAUGGAAUUUUUCCGCUUAAUAGGGCCCUUCUUGUUGUUGACCUUUGCUAAACAGUGACAAUUUAUAAACAAAUAUAGCAGAUAUUAAUGUAUUAAAAGCAUUCCUUAUUUUUAACUAAAAUUUGCACAUUCUAUUAGUCUCUUUCUGAACUUUCAUCGUCUAUUUUUUUUCUUUUCUCAUUUGCAGUUGGUGUUCCUUCUUGGUUCAUUUUGCUUGAUUUCCAAUUUUUGAUUUAUUUUCACUGGUUAUUUGAUUUAGCAGGUGCAACAAAAGCAAGAAACAAGUUCCCCUUCCACCCAAACCCAUACUCCCCACUUAACUAAACAGCUAAAAUAAACUUCUGAAUGAUCUAUUUUAAAGUUUUGAAUUUAUUUACUAAUUGAUUAAAUUCCAGUUCUAAAUUCACAUAAGAGCUGAAGGUUUUUACCAAUAAAAAUCUUCUGCUCCAUAUAAAUCUUUUGCAGCAAAGUGGUGUUAAUUAUUAAGUUAAAUGUCCAGAAGGAUGCUUGUACUUUGAAGUUUUGCUCUAUAUCCAGUAUAUACAAUUCACUGUGGGGGAAAAUAGACAUACAUUUUAUGGGAUGUUUCCCUUUCUUCUCUCCAUUGCUUUCUCUUUACAGCACACAGCAUAGUAGCUCACCCCUCUAAGGCUAGAUGGGUUUUCUAGCCUGCCUCUCAGCAUUGACAUCCUCUCCCACCUGUAACAAGUAGUGGUAGUGCUAUAAGUCUCCCACCUAACUUUGUUAGCUUCAUUUCUAAAGCUUUGUUUAGUCACUGAAUUUCCUCAACCUAAAAGACAGCUAUGUAUGUGCACAAGGAAAUAUAUGAAAGGAAAUUUUCUUCCAAGAGACACAAUAAACAGUCUUAUGGUCCAGGAUAGACAGGUAAAUGGACAGACUCUCCUUUUUUUGUCAUCAUAGACCACAACGACUCUUAAUGGAAGUAUGAGCAUGAGUUCCUGACAUCAGCAGCAAUCCCGAUGCCAGGGCAUUCAUUCCCCAAAUUACCAUCCCUUUUUUAGACAACAUCUAGGUUCAGAAGUCUCUCUUCCAGGACCCAUUAUGUGUUUUAUUGAAUAAUUUCCAUAUGUUCCAUUGAUGACAAUGCCUGAGACCACCCCAUUCCCACCAUCUUCACAGCUGAAAAAUAUGGGUCAGACACACUUUCCUGUCCUGUAGACUUGGUUGCUCCAUCCACAUUUGAUACAUCUUUCCAAAAUUCCCACAACUUUGGUUAUUUGAUCAAAUUGUUUUUCAUUCAUUUACAGAACAAAAUCUUCCUCUUUCAAGUUUCUUGACACCAUUAAAUUGAGCUGUACCUUAGAUGAAGCAGCCCCUUUAUAAAUUGUUGAUCUUCUCAUGUUAUUUCUCAGUUAAUCACCUUCUGCAGGAGCUAUCUGAACUAUCUAUGGAGGAAACAGAGCUGGGUCCCUUUCCAGAUCUUUCUCACUGAAUAGUGAAAGCUGUGUUUCUCACCUCAAGCAUCCUACAGUACUUCUUCCUCCUUAGACCACUGAUGGCAAUGACUGACACUGCUGCACUGAGCAGCACCCCCUUGAUGAAUGUCUUUCCUUCUCUCAUUCAUAUAAAUCCAUAUAAAUAAAUCUGUCCACCCCUCUCAUUCACCUAUCAGGCUGAUUAUAGCACUUUCACCGCACAUGUCAGGCAGGAAGUGAUUGACGUAGAGGGCAAGGUGAAAACCCAGUCUUUUUCUAAGCAGAAACAAACAAAAACACCCCAGGUGACUCGAGAGAAGUAAACUCCAGAAGGGAAACAAGGCCUCCUCUUCCCUCCCUGGUGAGUAUUCCUGUUAUUCCGUUAUGGUUUAAUAUGCAUUCGUAAUUACUUUUAAUAAAUAGUAUACCAUAAAGCUUUUGUUAUAGAUUAAAUGUAAACUGAAAGGAAUGUAAACAUAUGUAUUGUUAAUUAUAAAUAGAUAAGUAAUGGCAUAAUAGAUGAAAAAGGCUUAUUCAGAUGUAUCACACUCAUUUUACUUUACCCACCAACUGUCGCAUGAUAGAGUAGAUUUUUUUGUCUCUGAAUAUGUGAAUAACUUGACUUGCGUUUAUCUUUUUACAUAUUUAAUAAAAAAAAUAUAUGUUAAAAUCUU